CCAGGUUCAAGAAGUUUAUGCUGGAAUUUGGCAAUCCACAAGACUCUAUCAAUCAAGAUGAAGCUGCUGGCCAAAAUUAUGAUAGUCAUAUUGAAAGAGGAUCAGACCUUUCUGUCCUGCAUGAUAUUGCUGAAAAUGUUGAUUAUGAAGCUGAAAUCUUUAAUCAAUCACAAAUAUUAGCCAGCUGUGGUACUGAUGGCAAAAUUCAUUAUAAUGAUAACAUAGAAGAUACAAGCAAUCUAUUGGAUAGCAGCAUUAUUAUGGAAUAUGAAAUGAUAUCCAAUUGGCAGGACGAAAAUUCAGUGAUUGCUAAUACGUCUUGCAAUGAAGAUGACAUUUCCUCAGUGAGUAUAAGUUUCAAUUAUUUUUGGCUUUUCCAUUUAUGAAUUCUGAAAUAAUAAAGCCUACUAUUUUUUGUUUUUA